AUGCUUUCAAUGCUUUCUCGAUCUCCUGUAUGGCUGAAGAUACCCACAGUGACAUGCAAUAGGGUGGGCUAUUCCACACUGAGGGAGACCUUGCAAACGAAAAAUAGGUUAAUCAAUGACACUGUGAAUCCCCAGGAAAACAGUCAGGGCCCAAAUAUUCAUAAAUGUGUUACGAACAAGUAUCCUGCCUCCAAUAAUUUGAGUGAAUUACUUGAUUUGCUGGCGGGUCAUAAUGUAUUUAAUAUUCUAUCGCCAACAGCGAUGCAGUUUUCAGUUUUGUUGAAUAGAGUAUUAGCUUCCCAAAAUUAUAGACACUUGGAUUCGAAGGAGAAUGUGGAGAAAUUUUUUGCUAUCUUCAUGAGGUACAAAGGAGCAAUAGCAUUACAGUCGAACAAAUUAACUCAAAUACAACUUCAUGAUUUCAAUUUAAUGUGCGAUUAUUUUAUCGCAUGUAAUCAAUUAAAGAAAGCACAAUUGAUAAUGGACUUCUUAUUACAGCAAGAUGUUAAAUUUGACGUUUUUAUGAUCAAAAACUAUACAAAACUGAGAUGUGGAUCAUCCUUUGGGAAGCAGACUCUGAAUAAUAAAGCAUACAAAGUGUUUGAUCAGAACACGGUGUUUCAACUUAUUGGAAAGGUCGAAGCAGAUCGAAAAUUUGCAUUUUGGAACAACGAGAUAGUUUCAUCUCUUGGUUACACCAACAAUAUUACUCUGAUGGAAAUUUAUAUUUGGGAUUUAUGGCGUAUCUCGAUCCAUGACCAUUCAACAGAAAACAUCAAAAUUGAUCACUUACAACAGGGAGACGCCAUGUACCCAAGUUCGAAGGUUCUGGCUACCAUUGUCUCCUCAUAUGCCAGACAUGAUCAAACCAUGAAAAGGGCAGUUGAUAUCGUUGAACGUUUUGCAAAGAGCUACCCAAAACUGUUAUUAAAUGUUCACUUUUGGAGUACUUUAUUGAAUUGUGCAAUAAAAUGUGGUGGAUCUAAGGACCCGUCUCAAUUUCUUGCAUGUUGGAAUCUAAUGAAAAAAUGGCAUACGCAGAGAAGUAAACUUAUGCCAUUUCAAAGUGCGUUGUUGGUAACGAUAUUAAGGUACAUGCGACAGACAAGUAAUCUUCAUGGAACAGUGGAUAUUUUGCAAUAUUGGCUAGGUCCACUGUAUUUGAAAAGGGGUAAUAUUCCUGAGUUCGAACGGGAUGUCUUGAUAAAAUAUCAAAAGCAGAUACUUCGGAAACUGGUCGAUAAAAGAAAGUAUAAUUGGUGUACUGCAUUCAUAGAUCAAUGGUCAAUUGAUGCUUCAAACAAAGAGGAUUUAGAGGCGUUUUAUGAAAGCCGAGUAGAUGUUCGUGAGAGUAAAACUCGUAGGGAAAAGGCGUACGAUGAUAUGGACGAUGAUGAAGAUAUGAUCAUAGGUAGACUAUGGUGA